CCGACCGGGGAGCUCCGCCAAACAGUAACCUUGAUGGUAACUUAUCGAUUGCACCCACAGCCCGGAGGCGCCAACUCCUGAUCUCGACGUUCACCACCAGCACGCAUACCAAUGGCAGCACCAUGUCGGCAACCUCAGAAGACGACAUUGACGAAGACGGCACCCGCUUUGCAGACGGGAGUAGAGAGAAUCGAAGCCAUGCUCGGUCCCGUCGCAAUGCAUCGGACUUGAGCCAGCCCGUUGGCACCCACGACAAUACCCACGACGACCACGACGACGACGAAGCCUACUCCUCUGUCUCGGCCCCCCACUCUACUGAGUCCCGAGACGCUUCUGAAGUCGAAGACGAGGACGACUACGACGACAACGACAACGACGAUGACAACAACGACGCCCUGCCCCCACCACCACCGCCCUCCCAACACGCCUUCACACCCCCGUUCUACGGCCGCCCGCCAACGCCCUUGCCCCCGUCGCCCUCUCUAACCUCCCUCCUCCGCCCCUCGCGCCCCACCACCCCGGACGCCUCCGAGGACGACGGCGGCGGCGCCAGCAGCAGCCACCACCCCUCCGACCCGCACCACCACUCGCACCGCCACCACCACCGGCACCACCCGGAGGACCCGCUGCCGCGGGCCCGCCCCAAGGUGCCGACGCACGAGUACUACGGCUUCGUGCUGUACCUGUUCAGCUCGCUGUUCUUCCUGCUCUACCUGCUGUGGAGCUACCUGCCGUCGCCGUUCCUGCACGCGCUGGGAAUCUACUACUACCCGAACCGGUGGUGGGCCCUGGCGAUCCCCUCCUGGCUCGUCAUGCUGCUCGUGUACAUCUACGUCGCGCUGGCGGGCUACAACCUCGAGAUCCUGACGCUGCCGCUCGAGAGCGUCGAGACCAUCGUCGACGACGCCGCGCAGGUCGCGGUCGUGGAUGAGAACGGGAAGAUUAUCCGGCCCGCGAGGGGGAGGAGGGGCACAGGGCCGGGGGCGGAGGGCAGGAAGGGGAGGGAUGCUGGUGCUGGUGUUUCUUCUGCCGGAGGGAGGGAGGCCGACGGGCUCAGGGGUGGUAAUUGUCGGGCGCGGCAGCUGAAUUGGAGGGAAGUCUGGAAUGAGGGGACGGAUGCGGUGAUGGAUGUACCGCUGGCCGGGGUGUGCGAGGUGCUGUACGGGGAGGGCAGGGAGUGGGACAGCGAUCUGGAGGACGAGGCGGUUAUGAUUACGGAGCUGUGACUGCGACCUGCUCGGCGUGGCGUUUUUUGGUUAUGCUUUGGGAUCUUGAAUGCGACGAUGGUUUUGAUACCCAGGCGGGCGGAAGC